UUCAUUUUGUUCGGUUGUCUUGUGAAAUUCGAUAUGCAUAUUUAAUUUGUGGCCAAAUUAUUUUUACUUACCAGUAUGACCGAUAAUUCGGUGGUAGAACAGAUCAAGCACUACCAAAAAGAUAUCAUAAAAUGUCCUGAAAAUUCUAAAAGGAUGAUCCGUUGCAUUGAGCGACUAAUGGUACUACCUGUGACCAUCUCUCACCUACAAGAGACAGGUGUCGGUCGUUCUGUCAAUGAGUUACGCAAGUGUGGAGGAGAGGUCGGAGCUGCUGCUAAUGCUCUGGUCUGUAAAUGGAAAAGCAUGGUGCAAGCAGAAGAAGAUAGUGAUGCAGAGUCAGAAGUUGAAGAAGAUGUGCCCAAAGAAACUGUGCGAGUUUCCUCACCUGAUGUAAGAAACAGCCCUUCAGUAAAAAAUGAUUCGGUUGAUAAACACAAGAAACCCCAAAUCAGUGAAGAGAACAAGAAGCAAAAAACAGACCAUAGUAGUAAAAAAAGACAAUCUUCUCAUUCAGAAAGCAGAAGUUCUGAAAAAACACUUGCUGAAAAACAUGAUCAUAAGUCACACCGAAAUAAAAUGUCAAGGUCAGAACAUGGAUCAGAAUCUGACUCUAAACAUAGUUCGAGUCAUAGAUCUAAAUCUGACCAUGGUUCAAGAUCCAAUAAUAGCCGUAGAUCAGAGUCCCAAUACAACGGAGAUUCUAAGACUGAAAGGCGAACUUCCAAGUCAAUAAAUAGUGAUAAUAAAUCUAGUAAGUCCACUUCAAUAGAAAGUAAAAAUGAUGAUAUUAAACAAAAUAAUUACAAAGAAAAAAGAAGAAAAGAAGAUAGUGGAAGUCGGAGCGAAAAGGAAAACAGGAGAAAAGACGAGAGGUCUCAUUCAAGUAGUAGCUCGAAGAAGUACGAUGCAAGGAGGAUUGAGUCUGAAUCCAGUGAUGAUGACAGUGUUUAUAAGCCUAGAAAUAAAAAAAGGAAAAAGUCGGAUUCUGAAGAAGACAGGAAAUCAGAAACUGAAAGCAGGGGAAGGUCAGAGUCAGAAGAAGAUAUUAAGCCUAGUGACAAAUUUAGUGGUCGUAGUAAACAUAGAGAAUUUAUAAAACGUGAGAGUUCAGAAAAAAGUGACGCAGAAAAUGAUUCUGAAGAAGAAGAAAAGAGUCCUAGUAGCGUACAUUCAUUUCCUCAAAAUAUAUCAGACAAUGAUGAGGAAAUGUCUAACAGAAGCAGCCCUAACAACAAAGGCUUAAGUGACAACGAGGUUGAAAGUGAAGGUAGGAAAAGCUCCUCAAGAUGUGAGGACAAUGAAGAAAGUAAUUCUGACAAAGAUAGUGAUUCCGAUGAAAAGUUAUAUUCCCCCGAGAGAGAAAUUUAUGUUCCAACCAAAAUUAAAAGGGAAAAAGAAAGUCCACCAAGGCAUUCUAAGUCUUUAAGUCCACAAAGGCAUUCUAAAUCUUCUAGUGAUAAAUAUAAAUCAAGUCAUUCAAAAUCUAGCCAUAGCUUAUCUCACAAAUCCAGUAGCCACAGUUCAUCACAUAAAUCGGAUAGUCGGUCUACAAAUGGAAAAAUAUCUAGUAAUAAAAAAGAGGGAAAUGAGCAUGUUAAAAUCAAGAAGGAAAAAGAAGAAAGUGAUAAUUUAAAGAAGCGUAAAGAAGAAAAGUCUAGUGAAAGCAAAACUCAUAGGUCAAGUAAUUCACAUUCAGAUCCGAAUGAAGGAAGCAGUUCUAACAAAGCUGAGAAAAAGGCCAAGAUUAAAGUAGAAAAACAAGAUGAUGGCAGUAUUGACUGUGUGUCUGGUGCAAGUUUUGCUGAUGCACUAAUGGGAUUGUCUGAACUGAAGAAAAAACAGUCACUAAAGAGAAAGUCCACACCAUCCUCACCGGAAAAGCGAUCUCGGCCUACUGAGAAAUCAAGUGAUGAGAAGUCGAAAAUCUCUAUCAAGUCUGAAACUCGCACUUCUACUUCAUCGUUAUCAUCCUCAAGUAGCAAGACGAGCUUCAAAGAGCCUGAUCUGCUGUCAAAGAAUAUAAAGUUGGAACCUCUUGAUGUGGAUCUCAAAUCCACCUUGCCGGAGAUAUCUCCGCACUACAAGCCCCUCCCCCACUACUCCCCUCCCGACAGUCCGGCUGGGAAACGCAACAAACAGCUCACUCAAGAGGAGGCCCUCAGUACGAUCAUGUCCAACAAAAACCAGAGGACAAAAGUGUUUUCUGGCAGUAAAUCAGGAUAUUUGAAGGUCCCUUCGCUGUUUGACUUGUGUAUACAAGUUUUAAGAGACAAUAUUGAAGCACUGGAGUACACUGGAGGUGUUCCUUACGACCUGUUGAAGCCUGUCCUAGACAGAGCCACAGCCUCCCAGCUGUUCCAGUUAGAGCACUACAACCCCUACCUGGUGGAGGAUACGGACGGCUUGUGGAAGUUCCAUUGCAACAAGGACUUCCGCGGCAAGGAACCCGACGAGUUUGAGACUUGGCGAGAGUUGUAUGUGCGACUGCUUGACGAGAGGGAGAGGAAGCUAGAGGCUCUGAAGGCAAACAUAACACAGUCAAUGGCCAAGAGCACUCCUGUGAGGCAGACCAAGCUGGCCUACGUCGACAGUGUAGUCAAACCUCCGAGGAACAUUGCUAAGAAACAGAUGAAGUUCGGCACAGGCAAGGCAGUCAAGCAUGAACUCGUAUCCAAGGCGAUGGUGGGGGCAGCUAGUAGCAACCCCGCACCCGCUGCAGUUCCUGUCCCCGCUCCCCCCGCCUCUGCCAGAUCUAGUCACUCCAACGCCUUCCCCAUCCCAAAUUUCUUGAAAAAGAAAAAAGCUCCCUUAAUGCAGAAAACGCUCCAGCUAAUGAAGGGUAACCGGUUCAAGAGGUGAUAGAUUAUACAAGUAAUUAAAAAAGGCUGAGUAUCCGCAGUUUCUGAUGUAUUUGAUUUUCUGUAUAGAUCGGACGUAGUAGUUGAAUGUGUGAGAUGACUAUUUUUGUAGUCUGAUGUAAAUAUUUUUUAUUUAUACAACCACUAAAACGGUAGUACCUAGUAAUAGUUGGAGCUGGUGGGUUGUUAUGAGUAUUUUACAAUUUUAAAUUUUAAAAAUUAGCUUUGCUGAUUUCCAGUUCCAGGAAAUGUUGUGUAAAGAUCACAUCCGUUUUUAAUGCGCUGUAAGUAGUUUGACAAAACAUUGUGAUUAAAUGUGAUUCAUCACAACUACCGUGUCACCUUAUCAGGUGUUUUACUUUGCUUUAAGUCUUUUUUCAUGUACCUUAUUUAUUCUUAUUAGUUCACAUUUUACAUUUUUAGAUUGUUAGGACCGAAUUUAAUAGGUUAAAUUUUAUGAUUAAAAUCACAGUCCUGACCAGAUUGUUUUAAAAAUCCAUUUUUACAUGGUGGUACAUUAGGAAUGUCGUAGAAGCAAUUGUAGAAGUAUUGUAUGUAGUAGAUAAUAUGAUUUCUUCACAUCACAAUUGAAGUUUGAACAUUUUCAAAAGCAGUGCCUUUAUUGGGUAGGUGACAGUAGCUUAAUGGAUUUUUUGUGACGUUUAAAAUCAACACAGGUAUAGGAGUGUGCAAAUAUACAUAAACAACUUAGAUAUGAAACCUGUUUGAAGUGUAAAAUUGUGGUAUUGGUUAUAAAGAGCAACUACGUUUUAAAAUAUUAAUAGAAAGUAAAGUGGUUGAUUAAGAUUUUUUGGAGAAGAUGAUAGAGUUUAGCUAGCCUACAAGAACAAGUUAGAAUCCAGGGGCUCAUAGAUACACGAGAAAAAGUCACUAGGUCCUAUAGGACUGUUUCUGAGAGUAGGUUGAAAGUCUAUGUUGAAAUUUAACUUCUCUUCAAUCUAUUCUCUGAAUAAGUCUAUAUACACACGAGAUAUCAUUGUAAUUUUGUAUGACUUUUUAUUGUCUAUCUAUUAGCUUCUGGACUCUGACUUUCUCAGGCAGGUUCUUGCUGAACUCCGAUCAUUGUUAUUCUUGGUUUGUUGGUUACUCAUCACUAAAUUAAAAUUAUACACAAUUACUAAAUAAUUAGGUACAUUUCGAGCUUUCAUCAAAACUCAUCUUCAGCCUCUGGUAACAUCAUA